CAGCUCAGAAACUACACUCACGCCUGCAUUGGUACAUCAUGCAGUCUGUUGCAUGCAGUCUACGACGAGUUGUACCUGUUGCAACUUCGUCACGACUCGUAUUGCAACGUUCGCCUCUCCCUUCAUCUCGGACGCUCCUGAAUGGCCAAUGGAAUAGCAGGCGACACGUUUCUUUUAAGAACCCAAUAGAGUGGGUGAGAGAGGCUGUUGGUUCAAAUGUGCGAGAGAAGAGCUCCGAACAGGAGAUCGCUGCCGCACGAAAGGCACAAAUUGAGAAGGGCGAAGCCAGUGUCUUCGAAUCAAUUGCUCCUAUCGCGGCGGACAAGGCAAAGGUGUCUGGAGCAAAGAUUGUCAAAGCAAAAAAGAUGCAUACGGAGCACAAAUACUCUACGUCUCAUUUCAAGAUAUCGCAUCGCAAGCUCAAUCUCCUUAGUCGGCAGAUUGCUGGCAAGCCCAUCGACUCUGCCAUCCUGCAAAUGACUUUCAGCGAGAAGCGAGCGAGUAAGAGAAUAAAGAGUAUGCUCGUAGUGGCUAAAAAGCAUGCGAAGAAAAAGGGUCUGGAGGAGAAGAAACUCAUCGUCGGUGACGGAGUCCUGGGUUACCAAGGGCCCGAAACAGAUAAAGCGAUUAGAACCUAGAGGAAGAGGGCACUUUGGUGUCCGAAUCCACCCUGACUCGAAGAUGUGCGUUGUUCUCAAGGAGGGCAAGACGAGAGCAGAGCUCGCGCAGCAGGAGCGAGCACGCAAGCUCAGGCGAAUUGCUGCUGCGGGGUAUGUCAGGGAAGAUAUUCCACUGCGAAACCCUGGACCUGCUUGGGCUUGGUAGACUUGCGACACGUCUUGACUAAUAGCUUUUUGAAUACAUCAAUCUAUUUAAUACAACCAUUUUGUGUUCAGGAACGUCGCCCGAGAAAGCGGAGUGUUCAGUGUUCACUGUUUUCGCGCGAUCACGAGACUAGUAGCGCUGUUCUGAUCGCGUUCUGAGCGUGACACGUCAGUGCA